GAAGUGAGGGCGCCUUCCGGUGGCAGAGGCUUCGCGCGAGGUUCGUGUUGCGCAGGCGGGAAAGUGACCCCAGGUGCCUCCGGCUCGGCCGACGACCGGUGUUCGCCGGCUGCAGCGGGGCGCUAACCGCCCUGGGCGUCCUCCCCACCGGGUCCCGCCGCCCGAGGCGCCCCAGGCGCUGCCCUGCCAGCCGGGCGCGGGCCGGAGGGGACAGGAGCCGCCAUGGCCGACACGCUGGAGUUCAACGAGAUCUACCAGGAGGUGAAGGGGUCCAUGAAUGAUGGGCGGUUGCGCCUGAGUCGCCAAGGUGUGAUCUUCAAGAACAGUAAGACAGGCAAAGUGGACAACAUCCAGGCUUCAGAGCUGGCAGAGGGUGUCUGGCGCCGUGUAGCGCUGGGCCAUGGUCUCAAACUGCUUACCAAAAAUGGCCACGUCUACAAGUAUGAUGGUUUCAGGGAAUCGGAGUUUGACAAACUCUCAGAUUUCUUUAAAUCCCACUAUCGCCUGGAACUGGCAGAGAAGGACCUAUGUGUAAAAGGGUGGAACUGGGGAACUGUACGGUUUGGAGGCCAGCUUCUCUCCUUUGACAUUGGGGAGCAGCCAGUGUUUGAGAUCCCUCUCAGCAACGUGUCACAGUGCACAACGGGCAAGAAUGAAGUGACGUUGGAGUUCCAUCAAAAUGAUGAUGCUGAGGUGUCCCUCAUGGAGGUGCGCUUCUACGUCCCUCCCACACAGGAGGAUGGCGUGGACCCUGUGGAGGCAUUUGCCCAGAACGUGCUGUCCAAGGCAGAUGUCAUCCAAGCAACUGGGGACGCCAUCUGCAUAUUCCGGGAGUUGCAGUGCCUGACGCCACGUGGUCGCUAUGAUAUCCGCAUUUACCCCACUUUUCUGCAUCUGCAUGGCAAGACCUUUGACUAUAAGAUUCCCUACACCACUGUGCUGAGGCUCUUCUUACUGCCCCAUAAGGACCAGCGGCAGAUGUUUUUUGUGAUCAGCUUGGACCCUCCAAUAAAGCAGGGCCAGACGCGCUACCACUUCCUGAUCCUGCUGUUCUCCAAGGAUGAGGACAUCUCUCUGACUCUUAACAUGAAUGAGGAGGAGGUGGAGAAGCGAUUUGAGGGCCGGCUCACAAAGAAUAUGUCCGGUUCCCUGUACGAGAUGGUCAGCCGGGUCAUGAAAGCGCUAGUGAACCGCAAGAUCACUGUACCUGGCAACUUCCAGGGGCACUCAGGGGCCCAGUGCAUCACCUGCUCCUACAAGGCCAGCUCAGGGCUGCUGUACCCACUGGAGCGUGGGUUCAUCUAUGUGCACAAGCCCCCUGUGCACAUCCGCUUCGACGAGAUCUCCUUUGUCAACUUUGCCCGUGGGACCACUACCACCCGCUCCUUUGACUUUGAGAUUGAGACCAAGCAGGCCACACAGUACACCUUCAGCAGCAUAGAACGGGAAGAGUAUGGGAAGCUUUUUGACUUUGUCAAUGCCAAGAAGCUGAACAUCAAGAACCGAGGACACAAGGAGGACAUCAAGCAGAGCUACGAUGAAUAUGCUGAUUCAGAUGAGGACCAGCAUGAUGCCUACCUGGAGAGGAUGAAGGAAGAGGGCAAGAUCCGUGAGGAGAAUGCCAAUGACAGCAGCGAUGAGUCUGGGGAAGAGACAGAUGAGUCAUUCAACCCUGGGGAGGAGGAUGAUGAUGUGGCAGAGGAGUUCAACAGCCAUCCCUCAGCCAGCUCCUCUAGUGGUGAUGGUGACAGUGACCGUGAUGAGAAGAAACCAGCCAAGAAGGCCAAAAUUGUCAGGGAGCGCAAACCUCGCAAGAAACAGUUGGAGGGUAAGAAAAGCAAGGACCCCGAUGCCCCCAAGCGGCCAAUGUCUGCCUACAUGCUCUGGCUAAAUGCUAGUCGUGAGAAGAUAAAAUCAGACCACCCUGGUAUCAGCAUCACCGACUUGUCCAAGAAGGCUGGGGAGCUCUGGAAGGCCAUGUCCAAAGAGAAGAAAGAGGUGUGGGAACGCAAGGCAGAAGAUGCCAAGAGAGACUAUGAGAAGGCCAUGAAAGAAUACAGUGUUGGGGGCAAAUCAGAGAGCUCCAGGACGGAGAAGUCGAAGAAGAAGAAGAAGAAGCAGGAGAAACAGGUGAAAGGGAAAGUGGAGAAGAAGGGGGUGUCCUCCAAGUCCCCAUCCUCCAAGUCCCCAGUCAAGCCCACCACUGAAAGUUUCAAGAGCAAGGAGUUUGUCUCCAGUGAUGAAAGCUCCUCAGGCGAGAGCAAGAAGGAGGACUCGGAGGAGGAGGAGAUUGCCAGCACACCCCCCAGCUCAGAGGACUCAGCAUCUGGCUCAGAUUAGAGAACCUACCCCUGUCCUCCUUUCAGCCCUGCCCCUUGUGCCAAUGGCACUGUUCUUAGUCAGCAGGGUAAGGCCCAGUCCUCUGUGCCCAGGUUUCCCGUCACCCAGCUGGGAGGACUGGAGGGGUGGUGUCGUAUCGGGGUCCACUCCAUUGGUUAGAACCAGAGCUUGGCUCUGCUCCUUCCCUGAUGCCUCUGCCCUGGCCCCAGCCACCACCUUCCCUUGUGUCCUGCUCCCUGAGCUCUACCAUCCUCCACAGCUCCUGCUGGUGAGGGUUUAGGAAGCACACACUUCCUUUCUUUGCAUGUCACUGAAGGUUACUUGGGAGGUCCUUUGUGUGAUAGGCUGUGAAGAGGGGUGGGGGAGUGCUGGGGAGCUGGCUGCAAGGGCUCUCUGGCCCUAUCAGUGUUUUUAUGUUUCCAUUUGUUUCUUCUUUUUGUAUUUCUGGGCUGCCACAUGAUUAAUGGGUUGAAUUAAAAAUCAAGUGACUUUGGA